AACACAAUAAUAAUAAUAAUAAUAAAUGUAUAAGAUAUAAUACUAUUACAGUAGUUCACUGUUCACUCGUUUAUAGGAUCGUCGUCGUCGGUUAUCACGGACGGAAGUGUCGCGAAUAGUAAAAAAAAAAAUCAAACAAUCCGCUUGUACAGUUGUCAUUGUCUAUUUUUCUCGAAAUUUCCGUAGUAAACUUCUCUCGGUUUUUCGGUAUCGCUACCGUCUGACGGACACCACACGGGCGACCGAUUUGGAACAGACGACCGCGGCGUCGUCGGUGGGCGACGCGACAUCCGUUCACGGAAGACAUUUUUAUUUCGGAAGUCCGCCGUUUCGCGUUCGACGAUCGCCGUUUCAUUUUUUUUUUCUGGAGAACUUUAUCAGUUUCUAAUAAAUGACGUGUUUGGAUUGACGUGAAAAUGGGACAAAAAGUUAGCAGCCUUGGCGACGUGUUCUCUUGGAAGAAUGCCGACUCGUCGAAAAACAACGAUGGGCCGACCGCGGGAGCCCGAAACAGCCCGCGUUCGUCCAUCCCGGCAGCAGCCUCCGUUCCCGUCUGUGCGGUGCACGGCGUUCCAGUCGCAGGAGAUCAGCAGCAUUUCGAAAAUAUUUACGUUUCCAACAGUGACGGAGCGUCCUCUUCGGGCGGUGAUCAGAGCAUGAACGGUUGCGAAGCGCCAGCAACGACUUCCGGCGUAGAAACGGUGACGUCCAAGAACACGCAGACGUCCUCGACGAAAAGUACAGCUGGUUCUAAAAAGCUCAACCACUGGGUGUUGCGUUUCAACUGCUCUCGUCCAAAGUCAAAGAGUACAAAGUACUAUAAUCCAAAUGACUAUAUGCCCAAAGAGUUAAACGAAGAAAAGAGUGAGACUUGCGUAUGCACAGGUUAUAACCGCACAGAAGACAAUGAAGAUGAAGAUGAUGAUGAUGAUGAAGAUGUUGAUCUUGAUGAAUUGACUGAUAGUUUUUUUGAUCCUUCAAUGCUAAACAAUCCAGACCUGAGUGAUGAAGCGUUUCAUGACUUGCGCAACUUUGGAACUGCAUUAAAUGCUUUUAAUGCAUUUGAAAGACGCAGCGAAUUGGUUUUGCCUUCGUUUGAUGAAGGAUUUAUGGAUCUGGCAGAACUAAGUAGAGCAGAAUUUAUGAACGAAGACCUUGAAGACAGAGCUUACAAAGAGCGGGCCAAAGAAAUCCAAGAGGGUAUCGAACCACCGCCAGGAUUUAGGCCUGGGUUACACAUACAACUGGUAGAAUUUAGUUUGCCCAAAAUGACUAUAGACAAUUUAACCUCUUUAUUCCAUAGAGCUGCAAUGACAGCUUUAACUGCUCCACAUGAUAUGGAUGACAGUCAACGAAUACAUACAUCCAUUGACUAUAUUCACUACUUAGUUCCUGAUCUACUUCAAAUCACAAAUUGCUCGUUUUAUUGGGGCAAAAUGGACAGAUAUGAGGCAGAAAAAUUGCUUGAAAAUAAACCUGAAGGCACUUUUUUACUUAGAGAUUCGGCUCAAGAAGAGUAUUUGUUUUCUGUAAGCUUCAGGAAAUACGGUCGAUCUUUACAUGCACGAAUUGAACAAUGGAAUCAUCUCUUUAGUUUUGAUUCAAGGGAUCCUGGUGUUUUUGCAUCAUCUACAGUUUGCGGACUAAUAGAACAUUAUAAAGAUCCUACUUGCUGUAUGUUUUUUGAACCAAUGCUGACCAUACCAUUACAUCGAAAUUUCACAUUUUCUUUGCAACACACCUGUCGUGCAGCAAUUUGUAGUCAAAUUACAUAUGAUGAUGUCAAUCAAUUAAAACUUCCAAAACUAUUAAAGUCGUACUUAAAAGAGUAUCAUUAUAAGCAACGUGUAAGGGUACGCAUAUUUGAUUCAGAAAACUAAUCUCUUUUUUAAAAAACUCAUUUAGUUUUAAUUAUAUUUUAUUUCAAUAUUUCUAAUUAUAUGAAUAAUUUUAACAUUAUUAUUUUUAAUGCUAGAUAAAAUGUUAAUUGUUUCUCAUUUAAAUAAAAAAAAUUGGUACUAACAUAAAUUACAUUACUUAUUUCUAUACCUCCCUGCCAAAAUGUACUUGUACAUUACUACCUGUUUAAAUUAAUUACUUAGUUUAACAUUAUUAAAUUAUAAGUUAUGUUUAAAAUUUUUGUUGACCACUUACAUUUUACAAAAUUAUUAUUAAAUCUGACGUAUCUUUAUCUGAACACCUUAAUUGGUUAACUAAAACAUUUUAUAUUUCACACAAU